GGUCUGUCCUCCACAGUGGAAUACCAGACAGCAGAGUUGGAACGGGAACUUGAAAAAGUGAAAAGCAGGAAAACAAAUCUAGAACGGAGGAAAAAAGCUUCUGCUUGGGAAAGGAAUUUAGUCUAUCCAGCUGUUAUGAUAUUGCUACUGAUUGAGACGUCCAUCUCAGUCCUCUUAGUUGCUCUCAACAUUCUUUACCUGUUGGUUGAUGAGACUGCAAUGCCAAAGGGAUCAGGGGGGCCUGGAAUAGGAAAUGCUUCCCUAUCCACCUUUGGUUUUGUGGGAGCAGCACUUGAAAUCAUUUUGAUUUUCUAUCUUAUGGUGUCCUCUGUCGUCGGCUUCUACAGUCUUCGCUUCUUUGAGAAUUUCACUCCCAGGAAGGAUGACACAACUAUGACAAAGAUCAUUGGAAACUGUGUCUCAAUCUUGGUGCUGAGCUCUGCUUUGCCAGUGAUGUCAAGGACACUGGGAAUCACCAGAUUUGAUCUGCUUGGAGACUUUGGAAGGUUUAACUGGCUGGGAAACUUCUAUAUUGUAUUAUCUUACAACUUGCUCUUCGCUAUCAUGACAACAUUAUGUCUGGUCAGAAAGUUCACUUCUGCUGUGCGAGAAGAGCUCCUGAAAGCAUUAGGGUUAGAUAAACUUCAUUUAUCAAACAAUCCAAGAGACUCGGAGACAAAGCCGUCUGCAAAUGGGCAUCAGAAAACACUGUGAUUAACAAUCGCCUGCAGUCAACAAAGCUGAAAACAUCAACCUCAUCCUGUCAUCUCAUCAGCAUUUUUAUAUUGAUUUUAUUUGUUGAUAAUUUGGGUCCAACCUAGUCUCAUUUUUUGUUGCUGUGUGCUUCUGAGGAAGUUAGGUGUAUCAGCUUCUUCUCUUUCCAGUGAACUUUUGGUCUGCUUGUUUAUUUCCUGGUAAGUUAAUGCAGGAGGUGCCUUGAAGACUGGAAGUUGAAGAGAAUAAUUCAUUCCUUUUUAUUUGUUGGAAGUCUCACAUCUUUAGAUACAAACCUGCUACCAUUUGAAUGCACAGUACCUCCUGUGUUAUACAGACACAGCUAUAGAGAAUAACUUUGG